UUUUAUGCAAAAUAUUGAGACUUAUCUAUAUUACUGGCAAUAGAUGCUGAAUCUCUGCACUUUGGAUAUUAUUACUCUGAGAAUAAAUGCCGCCACCCACCUGCUUUACAGAACAUUCAGCAAUUCCUUCAACACCUCAAUAACCAACCAACGCUGGGAGGUGCAAUACAAGGGACUGCUGGGUCACUUUUGCUGCAGACAUGGAGAGCUUGGUGGCACCCUGGUGAAAUCCUGAAAUUGGAGACCUUUGAAAGAUUCUCUAUAACAAGGAACUCAUUAUCCAGGACCACAGUUUGGAAAAGGCGAAGUGCGGCCGAAUGAAAAGCACCCGAAUGAAACCAGUGCAUAAAGCCAACACAAAUCCACCAUAAUCAAUGCUACAGGCUGGUGUUUGCUGCCAUAUCUCAGCGAAAGUAUAGGAGCGGCUAAAGUCAUUUCAACACGGAAGAGAAGCGAUGAUGAUACUUGGGAACUUGCUGGAGUUCUCCCGGAGCAUUUGUUUUCUUGUUUGUUAAAAGCAAAAAAAAAAAAAGGGAUUCCGGUCUUCUUUUUGGACAUGAUGCGACAACUAAAGUUGAUAUUUGUAACAGUGUUGCUGAUCUUUGGCUUCGGCUUCGGCGUCUUACUCUUAAAUCUCCAGGACUUCUAUACAUUGUGCCGAAAGAUCAUUUCUUCACCUACUUCUAUAACUGUCACAGCAAAUGAGAAAUUUAAUCUGAGGCCCAAGGUACAGUGCGAGAGGAAUCCUCCAUUCCUGGUGUUGUUGGUGACCACAACCUACAAGCAAAAGGAAGCCCGGAAUGCAAUCCGGCAGACCUGGGGCAAGGAAAGACAAAUUGGGGGUAAACUUGUUUCUGCCUAUUUUCUUCUGGGCGCCAGCACAAAUAUAAGGUUCCAAGAGGAACUUAUUGAUGAAAGCAACACUUACAAUGACAUUAUUCAGGGAGACUUCAAAGACACAUAUUAUAAUCUGACCCUGAAAACCAUCAUGGGGAUUGAAUGGAUUUGCGCUCAUUGCCCACAAACGAAAUUUGUGAUGAAAACGGACUCGGAUAUGUUUGUUAAUACAUUGUAUCUCGUUGAGCUGCUCGAAAAGAAGAAUCAAACAACCAAUCUCUUUACUGGUUCUCUCAGACCACACGAUGCACCCAUACGGGAUAUUCACAGCAAGUGGUACAUAAGCAAAACAGAAUACCCACCGGCCAAGUACCCGCCAUUUUGUUCGGGAACCGGGUACGUCUUUUCCGUAGACGUUGCAGAAAAGAUCCAGAACGUCUCCACAUCAGUCCCAUUUUUCAAACUGGAGGACGUCUAUGUAGGAAUGUGCCUGGAGAAACUGAAAAUCAACUUGCAGAACCUUUACAACCGGCCAACGUUUUUCCCAUAUAAAAGGCCAUUCACUAUCUGUGGUUAUCGGAAGCUGGUCACUUCGCACGGCGUCCGACCACUUGAAAUGCGUCUUUUCACGGACGCCCUGCGAAGGUCAGAGGCUGAACAGUGCUGAAUGGGUGGAACCUGUGUUACUCUCAUCACAUGAAAAGUGAUAAUAAUAAUUAAUAAUCUUCUUUGAUUUGCCAAUGAUUGCUAUUUGGUUUGGGCCCCGAGCAUCCAAGGAGAAAACUAGGGGUUGUUCACCUUUAAAUUACAUUUUACUAUGAUGUAGAGAGUGAUAUUCUGAGACAAUUUGCAAAUGGU